AUGCUUAAUAUCAUACCCUCCCUUAAUAUCAUACCCUCCCUUAAUAUCGUACCCUCCCUUAAUAUCAUACCCUCCCUUAAUAUCAUACCCUCCCUUAAUAUCGUACCCUCCCUUAAUAUCGUACCCUCCCUUAAUGAAAAACCUUUAAAAAGUAUGGAGACUUUCAAACCGGGCUUGUUUCAUAUUGAAAAAGACAAAGACUGGGUAAAUAAUAUGUUACGACCACAACUUGAGGAAUAUGAUGACGAAAUCAAAUUUAAUGGUUGCAUACAGAGCCGUGAUUUUGUACCUGGCGAGCUAGUUUUUGAAAGCAUCUGCAGUGGAAUAAAAGUUUGUCGUAAACUUGUCAUUCUCCUAACACCAAAUUACCUUGAGAAUAAUUGGAAUAGAUACAUGAAUGAUGAAUGCCUUUCCCAAGCGAUUGAAAGAAAAGUGCAGGAAAAGAAAAUCAUUCUAAUAGUCCUUGAGAGGUGUAUCAUCCCAGACGAGCUUCAGCCAUUGAAUCCGAUUGAUUUCACAGAAGAAAACGAUUGGGACGAGGUUCGGAUGAGCCUUAUCAUUAAUAUGGAUUGA